AUGGCUAGUGUUAGCAAAGCUUGCUGCUCCAUUCCUCCCGUCAUUUCCAAGGGUUACGAGGCAAAGGGCGAGUAUAAAACGCUUGGAGGAUUGAAAACUUACGUCACUGGUCCAGCUGACGCUACUCAUGCUAUUCUGAUCGUCUAUGACAUCUUCGGCUUCUUCCCCCAGACUUUACAAGGCGCCGACAUUCUCGCCUUCUCCGACAAAGACAAGAAAUACCGCGUCUACAUGCCUGAUUUCUUCGAAGGCGAACCCGCCGACAUCUCCUGGUACCCUCCACAGACCGAAGAACACAAACAGAAGCUCGGCAACUUCUUCCAAACCAAGGCUGCCCCUCCAGCGACGCUUUCCAAGAUCCCAGGAGUCGUUGGCGAUGCAAACAAGGAAGCCAGCAGCGGCGCAUUCUCAUCCUGGGGUAUCCUCGGAUUCUGCUGGGGUGCCAAAGUUGCCGUCUUGACCCUUGGAAAGGACACGGCUUUCAAGGCUGGUGCGCAGUGCCAUCCAGCUAUGCUCGACCCCAAAGACGCUGCGAACGUUACUGUUCCCAUUGUCCUGCUCGCGUCUAAGGAUGAGGAUAAAGAGGCUGUCAAGGGAUUCGAGAAGAACCUGAAGGUUGCACACCAUGUCGAUACUUACCCGACUCAGAUCCACGGCUGGAUGGCUGCGCGGUCGGACCUGGAGGAUCCUGAGGUGAAAAAGGAGUAUGAGCGAGGAUACAAUACUGUUCUGGGCUUUUUCCACGAGCAUCUGUGA